AUGGCCGAGGCAUCAGAGCCAGCCAGCGUGGAUUUCAGUAUCUGCAUUGUUGGUCUGGCUGAGGGGAUUGAGUCCAGCAUCAGCAAAUUUGCAGAUAACACCAACCUGGGUGUGGCCAUCAAAAGGGUGCCACGGUACUGCGUCCAUCACUGGGGUGAUCUGCCCGACGGCACCAGCGCUCCCCUGGAGAUUGUGCUGCUGGACAAGGUGUCCAGUGGCUUCUCCGGCGUGGUCCAACUGCUGGAGUGGGUUGAGCUCCCCAACGACAUCUUGAUGGUGCUGGAGCGCCCGGAGCACUGUCAGGACCUGCACCAUUUCAUUCGGGCACGGGGAUUCCUGUCCGAGGGGGUGGCGCGGCAGCUGUUCCGGCAGGUGCUGGAGGCCGUGCGGCACUGCACCAGCUGCGGGGUCCUGCACAGGGAUAUCAAGCCAGCGAACAUCCUCGUUGACCUGGCCACCGGGCAAGCCAAACUGAUUGAUUUCGGCUGUGGCACCUACCUGCAAGAGACAGCCUACAUUCGCUUUGCAGCUGGGGCCCUGGACAGAACCCUGACAGCCUGGUCGGAGCCCAGGGAAGUAGAAGGAGCCCCCAGAGAAGCUGUACCAGGUGGGGCUGCUGCUGCUGGGGACAGCAAGGAUCACAUCAAGGAUGACAGCCUCUUCCUGGACCUGGCCACUGUGAAUUCCCAGCCCAUUGCUGUCUCCAUCACUCUGUUGCCUAUCUUGAUGCCUCUGACCACAAGGAAGGCCGAGCCCCAGGUUUAG